CGUGACGUUACCUACCCGCGUCUCAUUAAUCAGCGUCACUCUGGGUCACGCGUUUAUCCAUUUAAAAACACCUUCAACAUUUUAUCGGUGAAAUAUGAGAUCUCAAAACAGGUUGAUAUUCUUAAACUUUUGAUCCUCUCUCAUGAGUUUUUUUUCCAGGUCGCCGGAGAUCCGAACUAAAUCAGCUCAUCUUGUUUUACGCCAAGAUGACCUCCCAUCGAAAGAUCGCCACAGGCCAUCGAGUAGAUUCUUUUAUGAGAGCCCGGCAGUUCAUCUUUUGAGAUCAAUUCCAAAAUCCCGUCAACAUGGGGAGUCGCUUAGAUGCCAAUUCAAAUGCUGUGCGAAAGCGCAUAGAAAGCCAUACAUUCUCAGAUGAAGCAGGGGAGGAAUACGAGCCUAGCGCCUUUGGUGACUUUGGGGAUUACUUUCGUCGCAAGAAAAUAAAGCUACAAAAUCUGGAUUCCGAAUUGCGAGCUUCGUCGACAGAUAAGCCUCAGAUCUUCAAAGGAGUUGUCGCGCACGUUAUAGGCUACACCCAGCCGCCACUCCAAGUCCUUCACCGCGAUCUAGUUCAACAUGGCGCAGGCUUUCUCCAGUACUUGGAUUCUAAGACCAUGGCAACUCACAUCAUCGCAUCUAGUUUGCCGCCAAAAAAGAUGGUUGACUUUAGUAAAUACAGGAUGGUAAAGCCUGCAUGGGUUACAGAUUCUAUCAAAGCUGGGAAGCUUCUCCCUUGGUCAGAUUAUCGAGUGAUAGAUGAGAGCCCCAGGCAGAAGACAUUGAAGUUAGGUGGGACUGGAAUAUCGACGCAGUCUACUCCACAAUCGCCCUUGGCAGGAUACAGAGAGCAGACUGAGAGUAGUUUCUACAAUAGUCAGCUCAAAGGUAUUGCGCAGUCUAUCGACGGAAAACACUUCGGAGAUCUUUCGCCUAGCCGGCCUGGUUCGGCCCUCGGGUAUAUUUAUAAGAGCGAGUCUGUCGAACCCACGACGCCUUCAAGAGGAUUACAGGGGGCGCAAUACUCGCCGGACAUUUCCGAUGAAGACUCGGUCAUGUUAGUCCACUACCCGGAGUCUACAGCACCGCAACCAACCAACGAGCCUGGUAAGCAAGGUAAGGAUGACAUCGAAGACGAUGUCCAGCCUGGCCCGCCAGUCGAAGAGCAGAAAGCGAUGACGUCUGAGGAACAUAAUGCGCUACUUUUACAAGAUCCUCGGAUGAGGAAAUCUUCCACAGCGAAUCCGGAUUUUAUCAAGCAGUAUUACUCUGAGAGUAGGCUUCAUCACCUAUCGACGUGGAAAGCAGAGUUGAAGUCCAGGAUGCAGAGACUCGCCGCCGAGAAAGGUCCCCAGAAAAAGCCAACGAAAAGAAAAGCUGGUGCGAGGCGGUACAUAAUGCACGUUGAUUUUGACAGUUUCUUCUGCGCAGUCUCUCUUAAAAGCGCACCGGAAUUUAUCGACAAGCCCGCUGUCGUUGCACAUGGAACGGGAUCUGGCUCGGAAAUCGCCAGCUGUAACUAUCCAGCAAGGAAAUACGGCGUGAAAAAUGGAAUGUGGAUGAAGCGGGCUAAACAAUUAUGUCCAGAGCUCAAGGUGUUACCAUAUGACUUUCCGGCGUACGAAGAAGCCAGCAAAUCAUUCUACGAGUGUAUUCUAGAAGUCGGCGGCGUUGUACAGAGCGUCAGUAUCGACGAAGUUCUUGUGGAUAUCACCUCGGUUCUUUUAUCCGCAGUCGGCUCAGACGGUUCUGGAGUGGACGAGGGUAGUAUAUGGAGAGAACAAGAAAAAGCAAACCAGAUAGCCCUAGCCUUGCGAGAACAGAUCAAGGCAAAAACCGGAUGUGCUGUCUCGGUCGGGAUUGGUGGAAAUAUUCUGUUAGCCAAAGUUGCUCUUCGAAAAGCCAAGCCCGCAGGCCAAUACCAAAUUAAGCCAGAAGAGGUGUUGGACUUCCUUGGUGGCUUAAAAGUCGAUGAUCUACCUGGAGUCGCGUAUAGCAUCGCUGGGAAACUGGAAGAGAUCGGUGUGAAAUUCGUGAGCGACGUUCGGCAAACCUCCAAGGAACGACUUAUCAAUACUCUUGGUCCAAAGACGGGCGAAAAACUAUGGGAAUACGCUCGGGGCAUCGACCGAACGGAGGUUGGCGAACAACCCAUUCGAAAGUCAGUCUCAGCUGAGGUCAAUUGGGGAAUCCGGUUCAUAAGCCAAGAAGAGGCCGAGGAAUUUGUCUUCAACUUGUGUAAAGAAUUAGAGAAACGACUUCUCAACGAGCAGGUUAAAGGAAAACAGCUCACGAUGAAGAUCAUGCGGCGUUCACUUGACGCACCUCUCGAUCCACCGAAACACCUGGGACACGGCAAAUGUGAUACCUUCAACAAGAGUGUCAUGUUUGGCGUUGCUACCCACGACUACCAAGUGCUUGGGAAAGAAGCGGUUUCGAUCCUUCGCUUCUACAAAUUCAGUCCAGGCGACCUUCGCGGCUUGGGUGUACAGCUAACUAAACUCGAGCCCAUUAAGGCUUCGGUGCCAGGGCCUGAUGGAAGCCAAAAGAAGCUGACUUUCGGUGCUUUUCGUACACUUAGCUCGGGCAAGAAAACUGCUUUAGAGCCAAUCCAAGAUGGCGGUGGCGCAGAAGAAUCCAGUUCGAAGCCUGGCCGCGCCGUGUCUCAAGACCCGAUCAUGGAAAGCCCCUUGACUCCGCGCAAACCGAAGCCGGAGCGCCAUCCGGCAUUCGCGCUAUCUCAAGCAAGCAAGGCGGAUGCCAAAGCAAAUACCCCCUUAAACAUUAGCGGAACCCAGUUCAUCAUGCCGUCCAACCCAGACCCAGCAGUAAUCGCCGAGUUGCCUCCAGAUAUUCGAAGCCGGCUUAUGGAGCAAGGCACUCCAAGUAUCCCAGGAUCUCGCGACGAGACACCAGCAGCUAAAUCGAGGACUCAAAGCCCAGCGCUUUCAGAUGAGAUCCCCCCAGAGAUCGACCCGGAGGUCUUCAACGCCCUGCCGGACGACAUGAAAGCCGAAGUCCUGGAACAAUAUCGACCGCGAAGCAGACGGCAGACGUCCCUCCCUCAAUCACCCCGCCGCGAUCGUACCAUCCCACCUCCCAAGCAGAAGACUCCGACCAAACGUCGCGUAACCAACUUGUUUGCCCGCGCCCGCGAGCGCCAAGCUGAUGCCAACGCGAAAAUCGUCCAGACCACCAUUGCCAAGCCGCCGCCCCCCAACCCUAAUGAGGUCGUUUUCGAAGAGCUAGACCCGGAAUUCCUCGCCGAAUUACCGGAGGAGGUCCGUCGCGAAGUCAUUGCGGAUCACCAGCAACGCCUUCGACGUGCCCAGCAGCAUACCGGCUUGGACUUAUCUAAACUCAACCAAAAUAGCAAAAGAAAUCUAGACGGUGAUAAUGGUGGUGGUGGUGGUGCAGGGGACGAUUCCGCGGCACUACCAAACGGCCAGACGCGCCUACGCUUCGCCCCGCGCCCGCCCAAGAUCGGGUUCACGUCCAACGGCCUCACGACCCUCCCCGAGAUCCGCGACAUGCUCAACGUCUGGCACCGGGAGACGCGGGACGAGGGGCCGCAUAAGGGGGACGCCGAGAUGCUGGAGAAGUAUCUGGUGCGCGUCGUGCUGGAGGAGAAGGACAUGGAUAAGGCGGCCAAGCUGGUCCGGUGGCUGGAUUACCUCGUGGAAGACAGCGGUAGUGGUGCAGACGGAGGCGGGGAGAUGGAGUAUCGCGGAAAGGAGGCGUGGCGCGAGGUCGUGGGACAGAUAAAGAGGGAAGUGCAGAAUGCGGUGCGCGAGAGAGGGUUGGGACCGUUGGAUAUAUAAUCUACCUAUUUACGACAUCAAUGACACUGGUAUAAGAUUAGGCACCGGUAUAUAUGACCACGAAGGAGGGAAACAAUAGAAGACUUAGUUAGGACACAUAGUAUUUCGAACCGAAAGAAAGAAAAAAGCACGAAUGCUCUAUAAUCGAAGCGGUGUAUUUAGACUUUAUAACGCUUUUUCAAACAACGAAUGUCACCUAUGUAUCUAUCUACUAUUCUGCUCGUUUUCAACUCCGAUUUUGUUUCUCAUGUACUUCACAGCUGAUCAAAACAGCUCUCCUUCCC